AUGGCAGACAGUGAUCAUUACUUCAGUCAAGGUUUCGAAGAGAGAAUGUUAUCAUUGGCUACAAGAACGUUGGAUAAGGACCCAUAUACUGUACUAGUCUAUCGUAUAUUUGAGGUUGACAAAAAGGUAAAACCGUAAGUUUUUUUGCUUUGAAAUAUCUUACUAUUAAGUUGUCCAAAUAAUAGGCACAGAAUUAUUUUAACAACCUGGUAAUUAUUAUUUUAUUGAAGGCCAAAAACCAAGUCGGAGUUACUGAAGCUGUAUAACAAUGAAACGGCCAGAGAAUUUCACAAAAUUUUUUUCAAUCACCAUAAAAUGGCAGGACAGGAAGAGUGGUUUACAGAACCGGAAAAUAGCACACCUUCUGUCCAACUGGUGUUACCGUAAGCCUUGUUUACACAAAUUUUACACUUUGUCAAGAUUUGAUGAUAUAUCAAGAAAGUUUAUUUUGAAGGUUGUUUUUUUACUGCAGUAAUGAUUGUUACAGUUAUAACGACUCAAGAUGGGAACCACAAUUCGUAUCUACCAAACUGGUACCGUUACAUGACGAAUCUUUUGUGUAUCCGAUCAAAGAUAACACUGUUUUAGUAAGUUUUGUCUUUUUUAAAAAAUUCGUAUAGGAGCAAUUUAUGUUUAACAAUUUUUUUAUCACAUGUACAACAACAAUGACCGCCAAUAUAGCGAUUGAACCUUUUUUAAACCCAAUCUUGACUAAUCAUGUCAAUUUAUAUACCCCCUCCCCAUAUGUUAUGUCAAUGUGUUUUAGCGCUGGGAAAUGUGCAGAGCCGGCUUUAAGUUCGCAGUCGUCCAUAAUGUGUUUAUGUAUCAUUUGGGCUUCAAAUCAUCUGAAGCUGAACGAAAGGUCCAUCGCCUUCGAAAGAAGAUGGUCAGAAGGGCCAAGAAUGCCGUGGCCAUGUUCAACCAGAGAAUGGAUCAGCUGUUCCCGACCACCCAAAAAGUAUGUCCAGUGUUCCAGAUCCGUUUGUAA